CGCAGCUCGGGGCCGCAGAGCCCGGGGGCGGGGGGAGAGGGGGAUGCGCGCGGCGGGGCUCACGCGGGCCUUGGAGCGGCUCUUCGCCGCCUUCUUCCUGGUGCACGUCCCCAUCACGGUGCUGGUCGACUUGCAAGUGGUGUGGCCUGCCUGGCACCCGCCCGUGUUGAAAGAGUUCCUAAAAUGGUUCAUAACUACAUUUAAAGACCCUGUGAUGUUGGAGUCCCCUGUCUGGUUUAAGUCGCUCAUCUACUGUGAAGUGUUCUUUCAUUUGCCUUUCUUCCCAUUUGCAAUCUAUGCAUUCCUUAAAGGUGACUGCAAGUGGAUCCGGAUCCCUGCCAUCAUAUUUGCAGCACAUGUAACCACAUCAAUGGUGCCUAUACUGGCACACUUCAUGUUCCAUGAUUUCUCGGGCUCCACGCCCGUGGGGCCAGAGACGUGGUCCGAACGCCUCCAUCUCUCAGCCAUUUAUGGCCUGUAUUUCAUGUUCUCCCUCAUGCUUCUCUUUACAAUGUUGUUCAGUCCUGCGUACAACUUGACAGAAAAAAGGAAAACCAAAUAAACAACGAUUGGCACCUUGA